UAUGGGAGAUUGAUAAAGCUCUAGCUCUUCAGUCUCAGAAGAUAGUAAAGGUUGCAAUUUCGUAAACAAUCAUACAAUCAUGGCACAACCGGUAACACGGUCACAGAUUCUUUCAAUCUUCAAGAAACUACAUCGAGUACGACAGAGGGCUUUUAAGAAUGAUGACAUUGGACUGAAAGUUUGUAGGGAGAGAAUAAAUAAUGGCUUCAGAGAGAACAGAAAUGUGACAAAUGAAGAAGAAAUAUUUAAGUUAUAUAAGACGGCAGAAGAUGUGGAAAUGGUUAUGAGAACUCAACUUGUUCAACUGGAAAAAGUGGAUGAAAAUACAUUCAGAAUGAAUAUCAGAGAAGAAACUCACAAGAGGCCAAAUUAUCUGUUUAACCCUGAUGCAGCUGUUCCAAUUGAAAGGAGGACACGAAAAUCAAGAAAAUGCGAAGAUAUCAAAGAACCUAAAGGAUCAUGAGAAAUGCAGAUAUCCAACCUUAGUGUAUUUCUCUGAACCUUGACAUUGUCCGGACUCAGUGGCUACUGUGUCUAUCAUACUGUUAGAUAUAAACUGUUAUGUGAAACUUAUUUGAAGUGAGAAACUUGCCUUUUGAGGGAUGUGAAGCAAUAUUAAGUACAUGAAUUGCAUUAUUCUGAUUGUUUAAUGCAUUGUGUUAACAGUGGUAUUAGUUUGUAUUACAAAUUUAAAUAAUUUAUUUGUUAUUAAA